AUGGGUAACACUUGGUCCAUCACUGCGCCGUCUGCGGGCUCGGCCGGCAUCGACGUGCCAGAGCUCGCAGACCUGGUCUAUGAGAGAACAAUAGGUGGUGCGCGGUUCAUGAAGAGCAUACGAGCACGCCAUCAUGACGGCGUUGUGGUGGUCAAGGUGACCGCCAAGCCGGCAGCGAAGCUAUCACUACAGAGCUAUGGCGAGCUCAUCUUGCGCGAGCGGGCGUUGCUGCGCGAUGUCCCAAAUGCUCUAGGCUUCGAACAAGCCUUCGAGACCGAUGAAACUGCCUAUCUUGUUCGGCAGUACCUAUACAGCUCCCUCUACGACCGCAUGUCGACACGCCCUUUCCUAGAAGAUAUCGAGAAGAAAUGGCUGGCCUUUCAGCUACUGUGUGCCCUUCGAGAUUGCCACGCAAAGGAGAUAUACCACGGCGACAUCAAGACGGAAAAUAUCAUGGUGACAUCGUGGAACUGGCUCUAUCUGACCGAUUUCACUGGAUCAUUCAAACCUGCGAAGCUCCCCGACGACAACCCGGGGAUGUACUCGUAUUUCUUUGAUCUCUCGGGCCGACGGACAGGCUACAUUGCGCCGGAGAGAUUCGUGCACCCCGAUGACGCGAAGGCUGGUGGAGGCUCCCUGACCUGGUCCAUGGACAUCUUCAGCGCAGGCUGUGUCAUUGCUGAGCUGUUCUUAGAAACGCCGAUAUUCAGUCUCAGCCAGCUGUUUAAGUACCGGCGCGGCGAGUAUGACCCUGCGAUCUCCCUCCUCGGCCGAAUACCUGACAACGAUCUGCGGGAGAUGCUUUCGAGCAUGAUCCAGCUCGACCCGGAGAAGCGAUAUUCGGCAGAGCAGUACCUGCACUUCUACAAGGACAGGAUAUUCCCCGCAUAUUUCUACAGCUUCUUGCACCAGUACAUGGAGCUCAUUACAGAUCCCAGCUCCGGACGCGCUCCCAUCUCGAACGCUACCAAGAACCUCGGGGAAGCAGACGACAGAAUCGACCGCAUCUUCUUCGAUUUUGACAAGAUUACUUACUUUCUGGGCUACCACGGUGCCAACAGCGCCCAGGAAGCACAACGCUUCGCUCCCCGACUGGGACUUGGCCUCUUUCCCGUGCGGCUCAGCAUACCUAACAACGAGAAUCUGGUCACUCGUCCAGGCCAACCGCUUGCAGAUGAUGGCGCCUUGAUCUUCCUCACCCUGGUGGCAGGUUCUCUUCGAAGCACGGCGCGAGCGACAUCCCGGAUCAGGGCGUGCGAUGUUCUGCUCGGCUUUGCGGAGAGACUUACGGAUGAGGCGAAGUUGGACCGUGUCCUCCCGUACCUGAUCGCGCUACUGGGGGACAGCGUCGACCUUGUCAACAUUGCAGCUCUGCGGUCCAUUACGCAGCUUCUGGCGUUGGUCACAGUUGUGGCUCCGGUGAAUGCCCACGUCUUCACCGAGUACAUUAUGCCUCGGAUACAGAAUUUCAUGUUCGGCCCAACGCGUCAAGCGGGUGCCGCUCUCGAACGCAAGGAACCUAGCCCCCUCGUGCGGGCAACUUAUGCCUCCUGCCUGGGGAGCCUUGCAACCACGGCACUCAGAUUUCUCGAGCUUGCUGUGAUUCUAAAAGCUGAAGGCACCAUGCGAUCCGAAGAUCCAGAGCUCGAAGCUGGACAAGAUGCGGAGGCCCUGGAUGAUCUAUUCGACAACGCCCGUGCUGAGCUAAACCUCACUUUCGAAGCGCAUACCAAGGCGCUGGUUGAAGAUCCAGAUGCGUCUGUUCGUCGCGCAUUCCUGAGCUCUGUGCCAGAGCUCUGCAUGUUCUUUGGCAAUGCCCAGUCAAAUGACAUCCUGUUGACCCACCUCAAUACAUAUCUGAAUGAUAGGGAUUGGAUGCUCAAGUGCGCCUACUUCGACACAAUCCUGGGCAUCGCACCAUUCUUGGGCAGCACUGGACUGGAGGAGUUCAGCCUGCCGCUCAUGGUGCAAGCUGUGACUGAUCCUGAGGAGCACGUCGUUCAAGCUGCGUUACACUCGCUUGCUGAGCUCGCCAAGCUCGGCAUGCUCUCAAAAGCGAAGACCUGGGAGCUGGUCGAUGUUGUGGGUCGCUUCACCAUGCAUCCCAACCUAUGGAUCAGGGAAGCAGCCUCAGAGUACCUUUCCAGCGCAACUAGGCUUUUGUCGCCUGCCGAUAUAAGAUGUAUAGUGCUGCCACUCGUCAAGCCGUUCUUGAAAGGGGCGAUCAUACCAAGCUUUGACGAGCUGACGCUCCUCGACACGCUUAAGAAGCCCAUGUCACGUACAGUAUUUGAUCUGGCUCUGUCCUGGGCUCAGAAGACCGAUAAGGGCCUAUUCUGGAAGAGUGUGCGCCAACAGAAACAAUCGACAUUCACAAUCGCAUCGACAGCGUUGUCGGUCAAGUCAUCACGCGAACCCCAGCCAAGGACGUUGAGCAAAGUGCCCAAGAAUGACGAGGAUGAGAAGUGGCUUGUGCGUCUCCGUAAUAUGGGCAUGACACAAGAGGACGAGUUCAAGCUACUCGUACUCAGAGAAUUCAUCUGGCGUCUGAGCCAGAUGAAGAACCGUGAUCUGAAUACACAGGAAGCCUCGACAGUGCCGCUGAACGAAAUCAUACCUCUAAGAAGUCUGGAUGUCAAGAUGCAGACUGUUAUGUUUGACGAGACGGCGAUGGACGGUGAACCGUCGUGGGCACCAGAUUCGGCAAGCGAUGCCGAUAAAGGUCCGUACACCAUCGCAGAUGCACUGCUUGAUGCCUCGAUGACAAUCGAUCAACCCGUUGGUCGGCGGCGGAGGGCGGCUAUGAAUAGUCACCGCUCCAGAUUGAGUACCAGUGGUGGAGCUGCAUCACCAACAGUGGGUGAUCACAGGGCGCUCUCACCGCUCGGCCUUCAAUCAACUUCCUCAAUCGAUGCUCGCGGAGGCAACGUUGCAGGUCUUCGAGCAUCGUCGACGACACGGUCGCAAGACGACGAUGCUUCUGUGUCGGACGCUCCAUACUCGACAAGGCGGGCCAUCCGGCCACAGUCCAGUGCGCUUCAUCUGUUGAACCGCAAAGAUAGUGGGAGGUCCGGCCCGGAAACAGGGACCACCCAGACAAAUGCAAUGGGCCAAGUUGAGGGUCCCUUCACACAGGCACCAGCGCCACGGAUCACGAUACCCGGCGACGAUGUCAGCGAGGGUAGGUCUAGCUCUAGACUGCGGCUGGCGCAUACGUAUGAAGGUAACGACCCAAGCAUCACGAAAAUGCUUGACUACAUGUACAUCGACAAUUUUCCGCAUGACGAGAAAGAAUUCGGCCCUAUGGUCACUCCUGUCUCGAGAAAGAAGACGGCUAAAACUGGGACUGGGGCCGAGGAGAUUUGGCGACCGUCGGGACGACUGGUGGCCACAUUUGCAGAGCAUGUUGGCGCCAUCAACAGGGUCGUGCCGUCCCCCGACCACCAGUUUUUCUUGACAGGAGGUAAUGACGGGUGCGUCAAGGUGUGGGAUUCGCUUCGGCUCGAACGAAAUGUCACACAUCGGGCGAGGCAAACUCAUAAGCAUUCCCCAGGAGCCAAGGUCACAGCGCUGUGCUUUAUUGAAAACACACACACGUUCAUCAGUUGUGCUACGGAUGGCCGGGUACACAUCGUCAAGGUUUACACGCAGGUCAUCAACGGCGCUCUCAAGUACAUCCGCUUGCGACUCCUUCGAGAAUACCAACUUCCUGCUAACGAGCAUGCUGUCUGGUGUGAGCACUUCAAGAUCGAGAUGAGCUCUGUGCUCAUCUUGGCCACCAACCGCUCGCGUGUCCUCGGCAUCGAUCUCCGCACCAUGACACUACUAUACGCCUUGGAGAACCCCGUGCAUCAUGGAACGCCCACGUGCUUCGUGGUAGACCGCAAACGCAACUGGUUACUGCUGGGUACUGCACAUGGCGUCCUCGACCUCUGGGAUCUCCGCUUCAAAAUGCGUCUCAAGAGCUGGGGUCUGCCGGGCAAGUCACCAAUCCACCGACUCAGCUUACACCCGACCAAGGGCCGUGGCCGGUGGGUGUGCGUUGCAGGUGGUACUGGGCUUGCGGAGGUGACGGUCUGGGAUCUUGAAAAGACGCAAUGCCGGGAGAUCUACCGUGCUGGCGGCAAGGACGGACCUAAGGAGUACAAGCCAUGGGACGUUGACGAGGACAGACCAGAGGGCAUGCUGGGAUGGUUUGCCACGAGCGUCGAGCCUACUACACACUCGUCGACGACGACGACGGCAACGGGCGCGAACGUGGUCUCUGACCGUGGAAUCCGAGCCAUGGUGGUCGGCUGUGGUGCUGUCGAGGACCAGCGCGAUGUGCGGUACGGGUACAUUGUGACGGGUGGUGCGGACAAGAAGCUCCGCUUUUGGGAUCUGUCACGGAUCGAGAACUCGAGCGUCUUCAGCGGGCUCAACAAUGUCGCCGGGCCCGACAUCGGUGCGACCUCGACCACAUCCGCGCGGCCUGUUUUCGUCACGACGAGUAACCCGGGCGGUUCCUCGGGUUGCGUGCUGCACGUGGAGAAGCUGCCCCCGAGUGCAUCGACAUCAGGUGCAGGAGGUGAUAGGAAACACGGCCACCAUCAUCAUCAUGGCGGGUCAGCAAGAGGCACCAGUGGUGGAAGCAGCCGAGAGAAGCCGCCGCGGCAUAGUGUGAUUAGUGCCGAGCAGGCACAGCUGCUCCGAAGCCACCUCGACGCGAUCCAGGACGUUGCGGUCCUGGAGGUGCCGUAUACCAUGACGGUUAGUGUGGACCGAAGUGGCGUGAUUUUUGUCCUGCAGUAG